CGCAGUGCGCGCGGCCGGGGGCGGUGCGGCGGUGCCGCUGUGGGGGGGUCUCCCGGCACACAAAACGCUGCGCAGUGCUGAGCCCACCGCACCCCGCGAAGUCAUGGAGAUCGGUACCGAGAUCAGCCGCAAAAUCCGGAGUGCCAUUAAAGGGAAGUUGCAAGAAUUAGGAGCUUAUGUUGAUGAAGAACUUCCUGAUUACAUUAUGGUGAUGGUGGCCAACAAGAAAAGUCAGGACCAAAUGACAGAGGACCUGUCCCUGUUUCUAGGGAACAACACAAUUCGAUUCACCAUAUGGCUUCACGGUGUAUUAGAUAAACUUCGCUCUGUUACAACUGAACCCUCUAGUCUAAAGUCUUCUGAUAACAACAUCUUUGAUAGUAAUGUGCCUUCAAACAAGAGUGGGUUUAGUCGGGGAGAUGAGAGAAGGCAUGAAGCUACUAUACCACCCCUUGCCAUUUCUAGCACUAGACCUGAAAAAAGAGAUUCCAGAGCUUCUACAAAUUUACAGGAGCAGAAAACCACUGUCAGACAGACUUAUGAUGAUGGAGCUGCAACCCGACUAAUGUCAACAGUGAAACCUCUGCGGGAGCCAGCACCCUCUGAAGAUGUGAUUGAUAUUAAGCCAGAACCAGAUGAUCUCAUUGAUGAAGACCUCAAUUUUGUGCAGGAGAAUCCCUUAUCUCAGAAAAAACCUACAGUGACACUUACGUAUGGUUCUUCUCGCCCUUCUAUUGAAAUUUAUCGACCACCUGCAAGUCGAAAUUUAGAUAGUGGUGCUAAUUUGAACAGGUUGCAAUUUCAACAGCAGCAAAACAGCAUUCAUGCUGCCAAGCAACUUGAUAUGCAAAACAGCCGGGUAUAUGAAACGGAACAUUUGUCUGAACCAGAAGUGCUUAACAGCUUAGAAGAGACUUACAGUCCCUUCUUCAGACACAACUCGGAAAAAAUGAGUAUUGAGGAAGAAAACUUUCGGAAGAGAAAGUUGCCUGUGGUAAGUUCAGUUGUUAAAGUAAGAAAAUUCAAUCAUGAUGGAGAAGAGGAAGAGGAAGAUGAUGAUUAUGGCUCCCGGAUGGGAAGUGUCUCCAGCAGUGUGUCAGUGCCAGCAAAGCCUGAAAGGAGACCUUCUCUUCCACCUUCUAAACAAGCUAACAAGAAUCUAAUUUUGAAGGCUAUAUCUGAAGCUCAAGAAUCUGUAACAAAAACGACUAACUAUUCCACAGUCCCACAGAAACAGACACUUCCAGUUGCUCCCAGAACUCGAACUUCUCAAGAAGAAUUGCUGGCAGAGGUGGUCCAGGGGCAAAGCAGGGCACCCAGAAUAAAUUCCCCCACGAAAGAAGAGGAAACAAAAGGAGAUAAUAUAGAAAAAAAACAAGGAACUCAACAGAGGCAAUUAUUAUCCCGGCUGCAAAUUGACCCAGUAAUGGGAGAAACUCUGGAGAUCAGUCAAGAUUACUAUGACAUGGAAUCCAUGGUCCAUGCAGACACAAGAUCAUUUAUUCUGAAGAAGCCAAAGCUGUCUGAGGAAAUAGUAGUGGCACCAAACCAAGAGUCGGGGAUGAAGACUGCAGAUAACCUUCGGGUACUUUCAGGACACCUUAUGCAGACACGAGAUCUUGUACAACCAGAUAAACCUGCAAGUCCCAAGUUUAUAGUGACGCUGGAUGGUGUCCCCAGCCCCCCAGGAUACAUGUCAGAUCAAGAGGAGGACAUGUGCUUUGAAGGAAUGAAACCCGUAAACCAAACUGCAGCCUCAAACAAGGGACUCAAAGGUCUCCUCCACCCACAACAUUUGCAGUUGAUGAGCAGGCAGCUUGAUGACCCAAAUGGUAGCUUUUCCAACGCUGAGAUGAGUGAACUGAGUGUGGCACAGAAACCAGAAAGGCUAUUGGAGCGCUGCAAGUACUGGCCUGCUUGUAAACAUGGGGACGAGUGUGCUUACCAUCAUCCCAUUUCACCUUGCAAAGCCUUCCCCAAUUGUAAAUUUGCGGAAAAAUGUUUGUUUGUUCAUCCAAAUUGUAAAUAUGAUGCAAAGUGUACUAAACCAGAUUGUCCCUUCACUCAUAUGAGUAGAAGAAUUCCUGUACUGCCUCCAAAACCAGCAGUUACAACACCAGUACCACAUUCUAGUAGUCAGCUCUGCCGUUACUUUCCGGCUUGUAAGAAAAUGGAAUGUCCCUUCUAUCAUCCAAAACACUGUAGAUUUAACACCCAGUGUACAAGACCAGACUGCACGUUUUACCAUCCCACUAUUACUGUACCACCACGACAUGCCUUGAAAUGGAUUCGACCUCAAACCAGUGAAUGACACCAAGUUCUCCCCGGCAGAAGAUGAUGCAGUUUGAAAGUUUCCAUCUACUGGUGAAAGAUAUUCUACAGAACUUGUCAAAUCUUUGAAACUUGGAAUAUAUUGCUUUCAAAAUAUGAA